GUCACUUCCUUUGAGUCCCUCUUCUCUCACCGCGAGGUCAUAAGAUAGUGUUGUGUGUUAUAUUUUUUAAUCACACACCACGUAAAAAGUGGACAAAAAAAGUAAAAAACAACUUUAAAAAUACAAAAAAAUCUGUAAAACUUAGAAAAAACCAAAAAUAGGUUUGAAACGGUAGGUUUUUAUUUACAAUUUCCUCUAUAAGUCGCCAGCAACUGAACGUAAUUCGUGAACGCCAUAUUGUUUGAAGAAAAGGAAGAAACAUGUCUACAACUACGAUGAAUCCAGCUGGUCCCAGCUACCCAAUGGCCUCCCUCUAUGUUGGAGAUCUCCACCCAGACGUUACAGAAGCUAUGUUGUUCGAGAAAUUCUCCACAGCUGGACCAGUUCUGAGUAUCAGAGUGUGCAGAGACAUGAUCACGAGGCGAUCUCUGGGUUAUGCAUAUGUCAACUUUCAACAACCUGCAGAUGCUGAGAGAGCUUUAGAUACCAUGAACUUCGAUACCAUCAAAGGGCGACCAAUCAGAAUAAUGUGGUCCCAACGUGAUCCAUCCCUCAGAAAGUCCGGAGUGGGCAAUGUUUUUAUCAAGAACCUGGACAAGAGCAUUGACAACAAAGCUCUUUAUGACACAUUUUCUGCUUUUGGCAAUAUUUUGUCUUGUAAGAUUGUCUGUGAUGAACAUGGCUCAAGAGGCUACGGGUUUGUCCACUUCGAGACAGAAGAAGCUGCAAGAAUAGCCAUAGAGAAGGUCAACGGCAUGUUGCUAAAUGGAAAGAAAGUGUUUGUCGGGCGUUUCAUGAGCAGGAGGGAAAGACUGGAAGUUCUUGGUGACAAAAUGAGGAAGUUCAACAAUGUAUAUGUGAAAAACUUCAGUGAAGAAAUCAAUGAUGAAACACUGAGGGAGAUGUUUGAACCCUAUGGCAAAAUCAUCAGUGCCAAGGUCAUGACAGACGAUGGCUCAGGAAAAGGCAAAGGGUUUGGUUUUGUAAGCUUUGAAGAUCCAGAGGCUGCUGAAAAGGCUGUAGAGGCUCUUAAUGGAAAUGACAAUUCUGGAAAAAUAUUAUAUGUUGGACGUGCUCAAAAGAAGAUCGAGCGACAGGCUGAGCUUAAGGAGAAGUUUGAGCGGAUUAGGAUGGAGAGGAUCAACAGGUACCAGGGAGUCAACUUGUACGUCAAAAAUCUGGACGAUAACAUCGACGAUGAGAGACUCAGAAAGGAGUUUGCUCAGUUUGGUACCAUCACCAGUGCCAAGGUGAUGACUGAAGGUGGCAGAUCCAAGGGAUUUGGAUUCGUUUGCUUUAGCUCCCCAGAAGAAGCCACCAAAGCUGUCACCGAAAUGAAUGGAAGAAUUGUUGUGGCUAAACCUCUGUAUGUGGCUCUGGCUCAGAGGAAGGAGGAUCGUAAGGCUCAUCUUGCCUCACAGUACAUGCAGCGCAUUACAAGCAUGCGCAUGCAGGGACAACAAAUUGGACAGGUGAGCCAGAUGUUCCAGCCUGGAAGUGCUGGAUACUUUGUACCUACCAUGCCUCAAGCCCAGAGAACAUACUUCACCCCCAACAACAUGCCAGCCAUGAGAAGCAAUCCUAGAUGGCAGACAACUGUAAGACCCACUGGUCAGCCUGGUAGUGGAUUCCAAACCAUGCCUGGAGCUCCGCAGAUAAGACAGCAGAGGCCUACAGGCCAGACCAACGUUCGUGCUGGAGUAAGUGCCCGGCCAAUCACUGGUCAGUCAGGAACCCCCAACGCUCAGCAGCGCAUGCCUGUCAACCAACAGGUGGGUGGACGUCCACAAGGAGGUCAGCCUACUGUUCCUGCCGCAGCCAAUCGCCAACAAGGUUACAAGAGUUACGGAGGAGGACAGAUGAUGAAGCAGCAACCAGGUCAAACACCAGGCAUGCAGCAGGCUCCACCACAAGCUGUGAUUGUUCAGGGACAAGACCCAUUGACAGCUACCAUGUUGGCCACUGCCCCACCCCAGGAACAGAAGCAGAUGCUGGGAGAGCGUUUGUUCCCUCUCAUCUCAACAAUGUUCCCAGACCUGGCGGGCAAGAUCACAGGCAUGUUGCUAGAAAUCGAUAACUCUGAGCUGCUGCACAUGUUGGAAUCACAAGAGUCUCUGGAGGCUAAGGUUAAAGAAGCAGUUGCUGUGUUGCAAGCUCACCAGGCUAAAGAAUCUGCCACUACUACCAAACCUGCUGAGUAAGAUACAAGCCGUGACAGCUUCAUAACCAACAAGAGCUGUGUCAAUGAUUCUAGACUUUAACAUACAACAACAACGCAAUGCACCAACCUUGAUCUGCCAUUAUUUGGAAUGUUGUUUUUAAAAAUGUAAAUGCCGAACAUCACUGAAAAACUUUUUUAAAUGGUGGUUGGUUUAAAUUAUCUGUUGCUGUUUAUUUUUUUGGAUAUCAAAAAUUCAUUAUUGGUGAAAUUCAAAAGAUCUUUGUUAAAUUUUGAGAGAAAUUCUACUUUGCUGGUUAUUUUUUUACAGUGUUGAAUGUAAAAGUGAUGGUUUGAUUAUUAACUGGCUCCUUAUAAAACAAAAAUGCACCAAAAAAAUUGCAAAACACAAUUGUGUAAAACAGCAACUCAUAAAAAUUGUACAAAUGUUAAAGGUUUCUGUAGCCUUUUCUCGUUUCACUUAAUAUCCAAAACCUGUAAUAGAAUUUAUAUCUUUUAUGUACAUCUUUACUUGCAAUGUUAAAACCAUUUCACGGUGUAAAAAAACGAGAAGGGGUUAAUCUUUCCAUAAAGAAGUUAGAGUUCUUGUUUUAGUUGAUAACAUUUUAUGGAGAGCGCAGCACGAAAAAAAAAAUGGUUCCAAACUACAUAGUGAAGAAGUCGGAGAUUUUAAUGAUGACUUCUACAGAUAACGUGGAAUCCACAACGUGUGCUGUGUUUGACUAACUUAUGUUCUGAAAAUAAGCAUGUGAAACAUCUACAACCCAAAAAAGAGAGAGGAGAGGGCCUAUUGGAUUCAGUUAAUAAUCACCAAUCUGCUUUUAUUAAUAAACUUCCGUUUCUUACAA